AUACUUUACGAACCCUAGAAGCGGAGUUCGUUCUUCUCGCUUGCCGAUACCUAUCUUCUUUGAUCUGUCAAGGUAAUGGCCGGAAAGGGUGAAGGUCCUGCGAUCGGGAUCGAUCUCGGCACCACUUACUCGUGCGUCGGCGUGUGGCAACAUGAUCGGGUGGAGAUUAUCGCCAACGAUCAGGGUAAUCGAACAACCCCCUCUUAUGUUGCCUUUACUGACUCCGAACGCCUUAUAGGAGAUGCGGCCAAGAAUCAGGUCGCCAUGAACCCCAUCAAUACCGUCUUCGAUGCUAAACGUUUGAUUGGAAGGCGCUUCACCGACAGUUCUGUUCAGAGUGAUGUCAAGCUCUGGCCUUUCAAAGUUGCUUCUGGCCCGGGUGACAAGCCCAUGAUUGUGGUCGAUUACAAGGGAGAGCAAAAACAAUUCUCAGCCGAAGAGAUUUCUUCCAUGAUCUUGAUCAAGAUGAAAGAAAUUGCCGAAGCCUACCUUGGAUCUGUCGUCAAGAAUGCCGUUGUCACUGUCCCUGCAUACUUCAAUGACUCACAGCGCCAGGCCACAAAGGAUGCUGGUGUCAUCUCUGGUCUCAAUGUGAUGAGAAUUAUCAACGAGCCUACUGCCGCUGCCAUUGCUUAUGGUCUUGACAAGAAAGCAACCAGCGUGGGUGAGAAGAAUGUUCUCAUCUUCGAUCUUGGUGGUGGUACUUUUGAUGUCUCUCUUCUCACAAUCGAGGAGGGUAUCUUCGAAGUCAAAGCUACUGCCGGUGACACUCAUCUCGGAGGUGAGGAUUUUGACAAUCGCAUGGUGAACCACUUCGUCCAGGAGUUCAAGAGGAAGAACAAGAAAGACAUCAGUGGAAACCCCAGGUCACUUAGGAGAUUGAGGACUGCUUGCGAGAGGGCAAAGAGGACCCUCUCCUCAACCGCACAAACCACCAUUGAAAUUGAUUCUUUGUACGAGGGCAUUGAUUUCUACUCCACGAUCACGAGAGCUAGGUUUGAGGAGCUGAACAUGGACCUUUUCAGGAAGUGUAUGGAGCCCGUCGAGAAGUGUUUGCGCGAUGCCAAGAUGGAUAAGAGCUCUGUUCACGACGUGGUUCUCGUCGGCGGAUCCACCAGAAUUCCAAAGGUGCAGCAGUUGUUGCAGGACUUCUUUAACGGUAAGGAACUCUGCAAGAGUAUCAACCCCGAUGAGGCCGUGGCUUAUGGUGCUGCUGUCCAGGCUGCUAUUCUUAGCGGCGAGGGUAAUGAGAAAGUCCAGGACCUGCUCCUGCUCGAUGUCACUCCUCUUUCGCUUGGUUUGGAGACUGCUGGAGGUGUCAUGACUGUCUUAAUCCCCCGAAAUACCACCAUCCCAACCAAGAAAGAGCAAGUCUUCUCGACCUAUUCUGACAACCAACCUGGCGUCUUGAUUCAGGUUUAUGAGGGUGAGAGGACUAGGACCAGAGAUAACAAUCUGCUCGGUAAGUUUGAGCUCUCAGGAAUCCCCCCUGCUCCUCGUGGCGUUCCCCAAAUCACUGUUUGCUUUGAUAUCGACGCAAACGGUAUCCUGAAUGUCUCUGCCGAGGAUAAGACGACUGGACAGAAGAACAAGAUCACCAUCACCAACGACAAGGGCAGGCUUAGCAAGGAAGAGAUUGAAAAGAUGGUUCAAGAAGCCGAGAAGUACAAGUCUGAGGAUGAGGAGCACAAGAAGAAAGUGGAAGCCAAGAAUGCGCUCGAGAACUACGCCUACAACAUGAGGAACACCAUCAAGGACGACAAGAUCGCAUCUCAGCUUGGCGCGGCCGACAAGAAGACGAUCGAGGAUGCGAUUGAGAAGGCCAUCGAGUGGCUCGACGCCAACCAGUUGGCUGAAUCGGACGAAUUUGAUGACAAAAUGAAGGAGCUGGAGGGCAUUUGUAAUCCCAUCAUUGCUAAAAUGUACCAAGGUGCUGGGGCUGACAUGGCUGGCGGAGUCGACGAUGAUGGGCCUUCGGCUGGCUCAAGUGGUGCGGGGCCGAAGAUUGAGGAGGUAGACUAAGCCUUGUCUUUCUCCUUUUGACAGUGCGCUGUUCCGCUGCUGCUAGAGUUUGCUUUCGCAUUUGUUUUGUGGUAAGAUUUGAAUUGAUACUAUUUUGAAUUAUCUCGUCACUGUCAUUUGCAUGGUUUUUUAAUUCUCGAAACAUCUUUUGCAUUUACUAUUAAUAUUAGUACUUUUCUUGGAAUAA